AUGUACAUUGGCUCUCAAAUCGACAAGACGAGUGCUGGUGAUGUCCUCGAUGGCUUCAGCGAUCGGAUCGGCCAGGGAAAUGGGCAGCGGCUGGCUGUCCAGACCUGCAGUGCGACGAACCUCAGCAGUUCGCAGUACUUUGGUGUUGCUGUUGCCGACACUGAUGGUCUUGCCGCGGUGCAAGAUGCCUUGAGGAGCUGGAACGAGGCCCAGUGCGUCGACGGGGACUCGAAGACUGCCUGGAGCGGACCUGAGCUCAGCACGUACGUCUGCUGCUCACCUGGCGAUCCUCCCGACUUCUCCCCUCAGCCUAAUUCCGAUGGAACUUGCUCCGCCUACACCAUCAAGUCUGGAGAUUACUGCCAAGCCAUCGCAGAUGCCCACAGCAUGACCGUAGAGGACAUUCAAGAUUGCAAUCGCAACACUUGGGGAUGGCAAGGCUGUGGCAAUAUUUUUCUUGGGAUGAAGAUCUGUCUCAGCACGGGAAGACCACCUUUCCCAGCCGUUGUUCCAAAUGCGGUCUGCGGCCCCCAAGUCAAUAACACUGAGCCCACGUCGGAUGUGUCUGGAUGGGCUGAUCUAAACCAAUGUCCUUUGAAAGCAUGCUGUGAUAUCUUUGGCCAAUGUGGAAUUACAUCGGACUUUUGCACGCCGAAUCCAGCCGACACGGGAAACCCAGGCACAGCUCAGCCUGGUAGCAACGGCUGCAUAUCCAACUGCGGCACGGACAUCAUCACCAGCGGCAGACCCUCCACUUUUGAGAGAAUCGGAUACUAUGAGGCUUUCAGCGUUGAGCGUCCCUGCGAUCAUUUAUCUGUCGGCUCCAUUCCCGACCGAUACACCAUCGACUUCAAGAAAGAGACUCGGUUUAAGAAGAUCGUGUCCUUUGGUGGAUGGGAGUUCUCGACUGCGCCUAGUAGCUUCGACAUCUUGAGAUCGGCCGUCAAGCCCGAAAACCGACAGAACUUUGCCAACAAUGUCGCGAAAUUCGUGCAAGACGAGGGACUUGAUGGUGUAGACAUCGACUGGGAGUAUCCGGGCGCUCCGGACAGUCAGGGUGAACCAAUCCCAAUCGACUCGCCCGACAGUGCAGACAACUAUCUCGAGUUCUUGAAACUCCUGCGAGCCGCACUCCCAAGCAAAUACUCGAUAUCGAUCGCUAUCCCGGCUUCGUUCUACUACCUGAAGGCUUUCCCGGCUGAUCAAUUGGGCGAUCUGCUCGAUUAUUUCAUCUACAUGACUUACGACUUGCAUGGGCAAUGGGAUUAUGGCAAUACUUUCACCAACCCCGGCUGCCCUAAUGGCAACUGUCUCAGGUCGCAGAUCAAUCAGACAGAGACUGAGUCCGCUCUCUCAAUGCUUACCAAAGCAGGAGUCGACUCAAGUAAGAUCAUGCUCGGACAGCCAUUGUACGGACGCAGCUUCAAGAUGACGGAUCCCGGCUGUUACACCGCGGCCUGCACUUUCACGGGCCCUUCAAGUGGUGCCCAGCCUGGUAAUUGUACCGGAACACCAGGCUAUAUUGCCAAUUUGGAGAUUCGCAACAUCAUCAAUGGCGGCGAGUAUGAUGUUCAGCAAUACAAUUCUCUUGAAGCUGGGGACAUUCUGGUCUACGAUGGCAAUUGGGUCUCGUGGAUGACUGACUCGACGUACGAUCGACGAAGUGACUAUGCUCGAGGUCUUGGGCUGGGAGGCACGUCCGAUUGGCCCCGAUCACGUCUUCGAUUGUUGACUACUGGCCGUACGUGA